AUGGCCGACAAAGGUCUCGAAGAAAUCAAUGAAAACCAGAUCGAGUCAAACUACGAUGAAGUCGUUGACAGCUUCGACAACAUGAACCUCAAGCCCGAACUCCUGCGCGGUGUCUACGCCUACGGCUUCGAACGCCCAUCCGCCAUCCAGCAGAGAGCCAUCAUGCCCGUCAUCAAGGGAAGCGACGUGAUUGCGCAGGCACAAUCCGGCACAGGAAAAACUGCUACCUUCUCCAUCUCAGCACUCCAGAAGAUUGAUCCCAACCUCAAAGCGUGCCAGGCUUUGAUCCUUGCCCCUACCCGUGAACUCGCUCAACAGAUCCAGAAAGUUGUGGUCGCGAUCGGCGAUUUCAUGAACGUCGAAUGCCAUGCUUGCAUCGGCGGCACAAACGUCCGGGACGACAUGAAGGCACUCCAGGAUGGUCCUCAAGUCGUGGUUGGUACUCCCGGCCGUGUCCAGGACAUGAUCCAGCGACGUGUCUUGAAGACCGACAACAUGAAGAUGUUCAUCUUGGACGAGGCGGAUGAGAUGCUUUCUCGCGGUUUCACCGAGCAAAUUUACGACAUCUUCCAGCUCCUCCCGCAAUCCACCCAGGUCGUCCUCUUGUCUGCCACCAUGCCUCAAGACGUUCUUGAGGUCACCACCAAGUUCAUGCGCGAUCCUGUCCGAAUUCUCGUCAAGAAGGCUGAGUUGACCCUCGAAGGUAUCAAGCAAUUCUAUAUUGCCGUUGAGAAGGAGGAAUGGAAGUUGGAUACGCUCUCCGACCUCUACGAGACAGUCACCAUCACUCAAGCAGUUAUCUUCUGCAACACUCGUAGGAAGGUGGACUGGCUCACCGACAAGCUGCAGGCACGUGACUUCACGGUCUCUGCCAUGCACGGUGAUAUGGAGCAGGCUCAACGUGAUGUGAUCAUGAAAGAAUUCCGAUCGGGUUCUUCUCGUGUCCUCAUUGCCACUGAUCUCCUAGCCCGUGGUAUCGACGUCCAGCAGGUCUCCUUGGUCAUCAACUACGAUCUUCCCGCUAACCGCGAGAACUACAUCCAUCGCAUUGGUCGUGGCGGUCGCUUUGGGCGAAAGGGUGUUGCCAUCAACUUCGUCACCGCUGAUGAUGUCCGCAUGAUGCGCGAAAUCGAACAAUUCUACAGCACUCAAAUCGAGGAGAUGCCCAUGAACGUUGCUGACCUCAUUUAA